AUGUCUGGGAUUGUUUAUCCUUGUGCAGGGUGCAAGAUUCAACAUAGAAAAUGUGGAUAUAAAUGCGUUCUUGCUCCCUUUUUCCCACCAAAUGAUCCUCCCAAGUUUUUGGUAGUACACCAAAUAUUUGGGGCAGCCAAUAUAGUCAGAAUCCUUAAGGAUAUUCCAAUUGAGUGUAGAGCAGAUGCUGUAAGUAGCAUGGUUUAUGAAGCAAGUGCGAGAGUGGCUGAUCCAAUCUAUGGGUGCACUGGUGCAGUUUGUCGAGUGCAGAAGCAAGUACUAGACCUGCAAUCACAACUGGCAACCAUACAAGCAGAGCUCCUCAAUGCACAGGCUAUUCUCAUGUCUCGCCCAACAUGGUUUUCUAAUGAUGGUGAAGGUAGAAGUACAUUGGGUGUCACCAACGAUAUAGUACAACAUAUGGAUGACAUUAUUAUUCUGCAAGAUGAUGAAGACAUGUUUGGAUUGUAA